AUGGGUUCUCGGUUCCCAUCUCAUCAGCUCAGCAAUGGCCUUUAUGUGUCAGGCCGGCCUGAACAGCCAAAGGAAAAGGCUCCAACAAUGAGCUCAGUGGCCAUGCCAUAUACUGGUGGUGAUAUCAAGAAGUCUGGAGAGUUGGGGAAAAUGUUUGAUAUUCCUGUGGAUGGCUCAAAGUCUAGGAAAUCUGGACCUAUAACUGGUGCUCCUUCAAGGACUGGAUCAUUUGGCGGUGCUGCUUCACAUUCAGGACCAAUCAUGCCUAAUGCAGCUGCUCGGGCUGCUUAUACUACAUCAGGUGCUAUGUCUUCAGGUGGAACUGGUUCAGCUUCAUUAAAAAAAUCAAAUUCUGGACCCCUAAAUAAACACGGAGAGCCAGUAAAGAAGUCAUCUGGCCCUCAGUCAGGUGGAGUAACCCCUUCUGGCCGCCAAAACUCCGGUCCCAUUCCUCCUAUUCUUCCUACUACUGGUCUGAUUACAUCUGGUCCUAUAUCUUCAGGCCCACUGAAUUCAUCUGGGGCACCUCGGAAGUUAUCUGGUCCUUUAGAAUCUAUGGGGUCAAUGAAACAUCCAGGCUCUGUUGUUAUCAAUCAAGCUGUGACUGUUCUUAGCCAAGAUGAUGACUUUUCCUUCAGAAGGAACUUCCCAAAGCUAAUAUUGUGGUCAUUGAUUCUACUUUUUGUAAUGGGUUUCAUUGCUGGUGGUUUUAUCCUUGGAGCAGUCCAUAAUGCCAUUCUGUUAAUCGUUGUUGUGGUUCUUUUUGGUGCUGUUGGUUCAUUGUUCGUAUGGAAUACCUGUUUCGUGAGAAAAGCUAUCAUGGCUUACAUUGCUCGUUACCCAGAUGCGGAGCUACGAAAUGCCAAAAAUGGGCAAUUUGUGAAGAUCUCUGGGGUGGUCACUUGUGGUAACGUGCCCCUGGAGUCAUCCUUCCAAAGAGUUCCUAGGUGUGUAUAUACCUCGACAAGUUUGUAUGAGUACAGAGGAUGGAAUUCAAAAGCAGCCAAUCCAACUCAUCGUCGUUUCAGCUGGGGACUCAGAUCAUUAGAAAGGCGUGCAGUUGACUUCUACAUUUCUGAUUUUCAAUCUGGAUUGAGAGCAUUGGUUAAAACUGGCUAUGGUGCAAGGGUGACUCCUUAUGUUGAUGACUCCCUUGUUAUUGAUGUCAACCCGGGUACUGAAGAGUUGUCUCCAGAGUUUGUCAAAUGGUUGGGAGAAAGGAAUCUUUCUAGUGAUGAUCGUAUAAUGCGAAUGAAAGAAGGGUAUAUCAAAGAAGGAAGCACUGUUAGUGUAAUGGGAGUUGUUCAAAGGAAUGACAAUGUACUUAUGAUUGUCCCUCCCCCUGAGCCUAUCACGACCGGCUGCCAAUGGACCAGAUGUAUUUUUCCGGCUAGCCUUGAGGGUGUUGUUUUGAGAUGCGAAGACACUUCAAAGAAUGAUGUCAUACCUGUAGGUUUUGCAUAUGCAAAUAUAAAUAUACAGAGGGAGAUGGUAAGGGCAUCAGGGAAGCAAAAAUCAACAAAACUGGUGAUAGUUUGUGUGGUUCUAUUAGGGUUUGGCCUGAUUGCUGAUUAUCUGUGGGCUUCUUCUCCACAUUUUGCUUCUUCUUCUUAUUUGUCCAACUGGGUUCCUGCUGAUAAUUCUCACUCCAAUGUAAUUAUUCCAAAACAAGAACCGCAUCCUGCUGACACUAAACCCCCAAAAAUAAAGGCAGAUAGUGUUCAUGAUCGAUCCUUAUCAGCAACGUUUGCUGAUUUACCUGCACCGGAGCUGAAAUGGGAGAAAAUGGCUAAUGCACCUGUUCCUCGUCUAGAUGGGGCUGCAUUACAGAUUAAGGAUCUUCUAUACGUUUUUGCUGGAUAUGGAACGAUUGAUCUAGUGCAUUCACAUGUUGAUAUUUACAAUUUUACGGAUAAUACAUGGGGAGGGAGAUUUGAUAUGCCUAAAGAAAUGGCUCAUUCACACUUGGGAAUGGUCACAGAUGGGAGAUACAUUUAUGUUGUUACUGGGCAAUAUGGUCCACAAUGCAGAGGGCCUACAGCUCGUAAUUUUGUGCUAGAUACCAAGACAAAGAAAUGGGAGGACUUGCCACCUUUACCAUUUCCUAGAUAUGCACCGGCAACUCAACUUUGGAGAGGUAGACUCCAUGUGAUGGGUGGCAGCAAGGAAAAUCGGCACACUCCAGCAUUAGAGCAUUGGAGUCUUGCUGUAAAGGAUGGGAAAGCAUUGGAAAAGGAAUGGAGGACUGAAAUACCCAUUCCUCGUGGAGGACCUCAUCGGGCCUGUGUCGUGAUUAAUGAUCGACUUCUCAUUAUUGGUGGUCAGGAAGGUGAUUUUAUGGCCAAGCCUGGAUCACCUAUUUUCAAAUGCUCUCGUAGGAAUGAGAUAGUAUAUGAUGAAGUCCACAUGCUGGAUGAUGAGAUGAAGUGGAAACCGUUACCUCCUAUGCCAAAGCCUGAUUCUCACAUUGAAUUUGCUUGGGCGAUUGUUAAUAAUUCAAUUGUUAUUGCUGGAGGCACCACAGAAAAGCACCCUGUAACUAAAAGAAUGGUCCUGGUUGGUGAAGUUUUCCAGUUCAACUUAGAUACACUGAUGUGGUCUGUAAUUGGAAAACUUCCGUAUCGUGUCAAAACUACACUGGUUGGAUUCUGGAAUGGAUGGUUGUACUUUACAUCAGGACAGCGAGAUAGAGGACCAGAUGAUCCAGCACCAAAAAAAGUCAUUGCUGAUAUGUGGAGAACCAAACUGAAAUUGAACUCAUGA